UUUCCUGUCUGACAGUUGUUUACGUGUGUAUAAAUUUUACCCGGGUUCCGUCAAUAUUUGGGAGGACACACGCGGCUCACGCCGAUAAAUUAUAAAGGACGCCGAGUAAAUAUGCAGUUCGACGUUCGAAGGUGAGGUUUUGCAUAGCACCCUUGUAUAGAUACAGCAAUUCGGAAUUGUUUGCAAAGGUUUUGUCCAAAUUUCUCACCAAAAUAAACCGAGCCACGUGUCAAAACACACCGGUUUGUCGCUUGAACGCGCUUAAUUCCUUACCACUUUUCAAGUUUUUGGUAAGGAAGUGUUCAAAUGCCAUGCUUGCAACACGUGGGUUUCGUGUUAAAAUUUACUCACUGCCUCUCAAGUAGUCAGUUUGCAGCUAAAAUUUAGUUGCUAGGCUGUUUUGGCAAGCUUAACUGAUGAACUUUUUUCAGCUGCUACAAUGUACAUACAAUUCAAGGAUUGGCGCUUUUAUGAGGGAUAAAUUAAAUUUCUUAUUAUAGUUAAAUAUUACUGUAUAUAAUGCACUGGUGUUUUGCAUCUGCCUGGUAAUUUUUAUAGCCUCACGAAAUAAACUCUAAAAAUAAACAAUGGGUGUAGCGCCGUCUGACAUUUUAGGGAAAUAGUACAAGUUUAAUUGCUAUUAAUAUUUCAACAAUUCUUUAAUUGCAGAACUAGUGAGAUUUAAAAUACAGUAAACUCUCGCCUACCGGACACCCUGAUAAUACGGACAGCAGAUAAAUUCCAGGCAAAAAGAAACUGCAGACGUUUGUCUGAUAUAGACUCUCACUAUUAUGGACUCUCGCUUAGUAAUGAGGCACUAACUCGAGGUCCCUACAGUGUCCCGUUGUAAAGGGAAUUGACUGUAUUGGGCCACCUAUGACUCCUAUUUACUUUAUCUUCAUCUUGUAGAAUGAAAAGAAGCAUUUGUAAAACAAAAUUAGCCAUCUUUCUCUUUCUCUUUUGUUAAAAGUUGAGCUUUGUUGUGGUCAUGUAAGGGUUUUCCUUUUUUUUUAGAUUUGAUGUUUACAGAAAAGUGCCAAAGGACUUAACAGAACCCACUUUAACAGGAGCAGUUAGUAAGUGGUGUAUCAUCUUAGAUGCGAAGAAAAUAGUGUGUCUUACAUGUAGCAAGUUUUAAGAUAAUUUUUCAAAACAUCACAAGGGGCGCUUUCCAUUCAACCCAAAAGUCCGGAAAUUUCGGUUGGUUCAUCAAAUGGAACGGACCAUUUCGGUUUGGUCCGACCGGAAUAUUCGGGACCAGCUUUGAAGGUGGUCCACUGUGACCGGUCUGGUCAUUUCGGUCGGUCGGACCGAAAUGUCGCUUUCCAUUUGCCAAAAUUGUUGUCCCCAGUACCGCUCUUUUCUAUCCUGCUUACAAGAACAAGUAGUUUCCAGUGGAAAGUGAAGUGCUGUGAGUAAAGCAUGACAUCUCAAAUAGUUUGAAUCAGUUGCAAUUUUUUUCGAUUUUUGAUAUUUGCCAUUAACAGUGUCAAAUAACUGACGCCACACGACAUGUAGGUGAAAACAAGUGUGUGUAAUCAAGCUACAAUUGUAUGAAAGUCCGUGAGAAUCAUAUUAUUAUUGGUCUGAAACCUGUCGACGAUAUUUAACUAAAGCAAUUUGUCAGUUAAGCUGAAAUGAAUACAACAAAGCCUGGCUGAAUACAAAUUGGCCAAAACAACGAAUUUAUUUACCGUACAGUUCCAGGAAUUGCUUCGAAUCGUUCGAAUAUUCUGAGGAACGUAUCGCUUUGAUUCACAAUAAUUUUUUACCUUCACUUGCAUUCAUAGGCUUUCUACAUGAAACAGGAUUCCUCCGCCUUUAGUUUUCCACCGCCCCUUUUCGACAGUCGAGUGUUCUUUACUUUUCACUUUUAGAGCGUAAUUAUGAGUGUGCUGCGAAGCCACAAUAACAAAACGUGUGGUGGCAAUGCAUCGGGUCUGUGCAACCGGAAUGUACCGUUCCAUUGAGCACGCGAAAUUUCCGAAAUUUCAAACCGGAAUUUUUGUUGAAUGGAAAGCGCCCAAGAAAUUUAAGGUGAUCAAAAAGUAGAGAAAGUUUUAAGUUUUAAAGUGUCAUCAGCUACAGCGAGGAGCAGCAGAGUGCUUACAUUUGUCUGAAUCUUACCUUGAAGUUCCUAGAAAGAAGGAAAAAUUGAGUUUAGGGUAGUUCCCUUGUUUUGCACUGUGCAUCACCUAGUGCGCAUACUAUUGCGACUUCAAAGUUAGCGGUGAUUUUGACUGGUUCCCUAAAAAGAGGUCAUUAUGGUUCCUUUUGUAGUCCUAAUGCUUUUAAUAACGAUUUUUAUAAUUCUACCUGGCUAAAAAGGUGUUUGUCUUGAAACUCGCCGCAGUCCCCUUGUGCAAAAUGAUCAUUUGAAGCCGAAAUUGUCCCUUUGUUGUCGUUCUACCAGGAAACAAAAACUGUGACCCCCUUUUUAAUUUGUGUUUCACACUCGCUAUGGCUACACAAAAUAAUGUAUUAAGGCGAAAAAAAUCUG